AUGGGGAAGUGUACAGUCGGAUUGUAUUCAUCUGCGAUGCAGCGCUCAGUGCUCUGUUUGUUGGCAACAGUCGCUGCCGCUGCGGCUGCUGGUCUCUACGGGGGUGUAAAUGUUGAUAAGAACUCGGCGGGAAUCCAAGGGGAAAUUGUUUUCCCAAAAAUUCCCGGAUUCAACAGUCCAUUCUUCGGUUUCAAUCUUUUUCCGACAUAUCAGCCUCAGCAACAGCAGCAAGAACAGCAGCAGUCAACAUCCAAUGGUUUUUCCGGCUUCGACCCGUUCGGGAUAUUCAGACCUCGACAAAGUCAACCGCCAAAAAAUCCAUCAAAACAGGAACGAAACCCUCUCUUAUUCAAUAUUCCAAACGUUGAGGAUUUAAUCCCUCAAAUUCCUUUGAAUCUUAACACCACCGAUCUCGAAAUCCCUCAACUCCCACCUCUCCCACUCAUUCCACCGAUCCCAGGCCUUCGAGAUGCUAUCCAAAUGGCUCGGGAUCAUGUUAAUAUCACCCUGGGCAUUGGUACUGACUUGAUUGAUGGUAUUCAACAAGCGAUCGAGGAAGCACUGAACAGCGACGAUCCCACUGAUGCCAUACACACGCUGGUUACAACGAUCUUAAAUGCUUACCUCGAUGUGGCACGCAACUGUCCAGCAAUCAUCAUUGGUUUUCGCGUGCUGCAGGAGGGCAUCCGCCUAUCUGGCGAGGUUGCCAAAUCUGUGCGAAAUGUCCUCGUUGGUCGUGAAACUACGUAAGUUACGAAACACAUCGAAAGUAGGAUACACCACAUCGGCGGAAAUGAAAAUUAAAUAAACAGCAUUCAAUCCUUUGGUUAAAAAAUGGUGUUGAUUAUCUUUAUUGGCGAAUAAAUAUUAUUGAUUGCUCCUUC